AAACUCACUCGACUCGAGCGCGCGCGCCAUGGCGGAGCGCAUCGCCGCCUCCCUCCUCCCGGCUGCCUCGCCCUCGCCUGCUCCGUCCCCUCCCCCCCCGCGCCCCCGCGUCUCCGCCGCGGCCGCCGCCUCCUUCCCAUGCUGCUCCACCAGCGCCGGCGGCCUCCGCCUCCGCUCCCGCCCGUCUCGCUUCCCGCAGAAGGCUGCGACGACGAGGAGCGGGCGCGCCGGCGCGGGGGCGCGGGCGGUGGUCCGGUGCAUGGCGGCGGCGGCGGUGGCGGCGUCCGACGCGGCGCAGCUCAAGAGCGCCCGGGAGGACAUCAGGGAGAUCCUCAAGACCACCUACUGCCACCCCAUCAUGGUCCGUCUUGGGUGGCACGAUUCUGGCACGUACGACAAGAACAUCGAGGAGUGGCCGCAGAGGGGCGGAGCCGACGGGAGCUUGAGAUUUGACGCCGAAUUGAGCCACGGAGCCAAUGCUGGUCUGAUUAAUGCUUUGAAGCUUAUCCAACCAAUCAAGGACAAAUACCCGGGUAUAACUUAUGCUGAUUUGUUCCAGUUGGCAAGUGCUACAGCAAUUGAGGAAGCUGGUGGGCCGAAAAUUCCAAUGAAAUAUGGACGAGUUGAUGUCACAGCAGCUGAGCAGUGCCCACCAGAGGGGAGGCUUCCUGAUGCCGGUCCACGUGUGCCCGCUGAUCAUCUUAGGGAGGUAUUCUACAGGAUGGGCCUUGAUGACAAGGAAAUUGUUGCAUUAUCUGGAGCACACACACUUGGAAGAUCAAGACCUGACAGGAGUGGCUGGGGAAAGCCAGAAACAAAAUAUACUAAGGAUGGGCCUGGUGAACCUGGAGGGCAAUCAUGGACAGUUGAAUGGUUGAAGUUUGAUAACAGUUACUUCAAGGACAUAAAAGAGCAAAGGGACCAGGAUCUUCUAGUGCUACCCACAGAUGCUGCAUUAUUUGAGGAUCCGUCCUUCAAGGUAUAUGCCGAAAAAUAUGCAGAGGAUCAGGAGGCAUUCUUUAAAGACUACGCUGAAGCUCAUGCUAAACUGAGCGACCUUGGUGCAAAGUUCGAUCCACCUGAGGGAUUUUCACUGGACGAUGAACCAGCCGUCGAAGAGAAGGAUCCUGAACCAGCACCAGCGCCAGCAGCAGCACCACCACCUCCACCAGUCGAGGAGAAGAAGGAAGCUGAACCAACUCCAGUACCAGUAACGGUAGGAGCAGCAGUGGCAUCAUCGCCAGCGGAUGACAACAACGGUGCAGCACCGCAACCAGAGCCCUUCGUCGCUGCGAAAUACUCCUACGGAAAGAAGGAGCUGUCGGACUCGAUGAAGCAGAAGAUCAGGGCGGAGUACGAGGGAUUCGGAGGCAGCCCGGACAAGCCUCUGCAGUCCAACUACUUCCUCAACAUCAUGCUCUUGAUCGGAGGGCUGGCCUUCUUGACGUCUCUGCUCGGGAGCUGAGAGCGAUGGUCUGAUGACCUCCUCUGACGAGUGUUUUGAGUUGUUCUGCCUGUGCUAAGAUUUGCGUGUUUCUCUUUCCAUGUUUUGAGUCGUUAUUCCGUAAAUAAAUUGAGGUAAAAGGAUGGGCAUGUGAAUGGAUUCCAGUACUUUCUGAACUUCUUGAGUAAUUCCUCUAGAGAAAUAUUUGUCGGAGAGAAAUGUCACAUUAUCUAGUUGUCAUGGCUCAUGACUACAUUCUCUAUACUGAGGGAAAUUAUGACAUUCUCUAAACUAAGGAGGGAAAUAAUGAGGACACCCCAUAUAUCACUCUUUCUUA